GGCGAGCUGCCCUUCCCCGUGCCCCUCCGCCACGGCCCCGACGCGCUGCUGGCGGCCGGGCAGGGCAAGCGGCCCCCCAAGCUGGGGCAGAUCGGACGCAGCAAAAGAGUGGUUAUCGAAGACGAUAGGAUCGACGACGUGCUGCAGAACCUCUCCGAAAAGGCCCCCCCCGGCGUGUAAUGCCCCCUCGGCAGGGAUUUCUGCUCUCUGAGGUUAUCGGCCAAAAUCCCAGCACCGCCGGCGCGAGGACGAGCGGCGCAGAAUCCCCCCAAAAUGAUGCGAAAUUACACCUAAAAAUAAUAACAAUAACAAAAACCGAGAACAAAAAAAAUCAUCAUCAUCAACACCCCCCCCCCCCCCUUGCUCCCAAAUGCCCCCGAUGCAGUUCUGCCGUGGGGCUGCCCCACAGGGGGUCCCAAGCCCCUCCGAAGCUGCGUUCAGGCGGUGGAACCCAAGCGGAGGUUCCCUUCCCGGCGCUCCGUUCGUUUCGGUUUUUAAUUUGAUGUCUUUGGAUGUUGGCGAAUGCUAUAAACCUACAGAUAUCUCCGUUUCAUUUCGGUCGCGUUUUGAGGUUGGCGGGGGGGGGGAAAAGAAACUUUU